AUGGAUCAGAUGAGGAAGGUCAUGGACGAGAUGAGGGAGAACAUGAGAAGGGCGAAUCCCAUAAAGGAUUUAGUCCAUCGAACAAACUCCCCUUUCACGGCUUCCAUCAAUGGUCACCCCUUACCCCCGAAGUUCAAGAUGCCUUCCUUGGAUUCGUAUGAUGAAACGCGUGACCUUUUCGAUCAUAUUGCUACUUUCAAGACUACAAUGCACCUUCAAGGGGUUCCAGACGAGAUUAUGUGUAGAGCCUUCCCUACCACCCUCAAAGGACCAGCACAAAUGUGGUUCAGCAAGAUACCUCUAAACACUGUGAGUUCUUUCGAAGAGUUUAGUAAGUUGUUUGUCAAUAAUUUCAUCAGAGGACAAAGGCACAAACGUUCCUCGUCCAGCCUGCUAACCAUUGAACAAGGAGAGAAUGAAAGCUUGCAGUCCUUCAUUACUCGUUUCAAUAGGGAAGCCCUAAUAGUGGACGAAAUGGACGACAAGUUGUUAUUGGCAGCCUUCCAUAAUGGAGUUAACUUUGACUUGUUCAUCCACAAGCUUUACGAACAAGAGCCUCAAACCAUGGCUGAACUCAUCCAUUCAGCCCCAAAUUUUAUGAAUGCAGAAGACGCGAUUAUGGCCAAGAAGAGAAAAAGAGCCGAGAGAAUGGAAGCAGAUCUCUCGCGCCACUCUAAACAAGGUCCUCGUCCAAAGAAGGGGUAG